AUGCUGCUGGCCGCGAAACACGCACGACCGUUUCUCUCGUCCCGAGUCCGCCCAGCCAGGGAGCGUGUUCGUACGAUGGCAACGGGGGAUGACGCGCCGUCGCGGCAGUUCACCGCGGGCGGCCGGCUCUACCUCGGCAUGGCUGCCACUGGUGACGCCUUCCACAUGCAGGUGCCGCAGGUGAUCCACCUCGUGCGCCACGGACAGGGCUUCCACAACCUGGCCGCGGAGAGGGCCGACACGCCCGAGGCGAAGGAGGCCGCGUACUGCAUGGACGCAUACUUCGACGCGCAUCUGACCGAGCUGGGCUGGCGUCAGGCGCUGGGUUUGCGGAAGCACCUCGAGGAGCAGCACGUUCGCAAGGGCGUCGAGCUCGUCGUGGCGUCUCCGCUCACGCGCGCGCUCGAGACGGCGACGGGCGCGUUUGGCGGCGCGCCUCUGACCGACGUCGCGCCCGAGCAGGGCGAGGUCUUGAUGCGGGGGUACGCGGCGGAGCCGGACAAGACGGCGGACUGCCCAGGGUACUCCGCGGCGGGCGCGCCGGAGUUCGUGGUCCACGAGUGGGUGCGCGAGGAGACGGGGCUGCACCCGUGCGACGGGCGGCGGCCGAUCCGCGUGCAGAAGGAGCGGUGGCCGGGCGUGCGCGAGUGGAUCGUGGCGAGCGACGAGGACACGUGGUACAAGGAGCACGAGCGCGAGACGCGCGAGCAGUGCAUGGCGCGCAUGCAGACGUUUUGCGAGUGGCUGGCGUCGCGGCCGGAGCGGCGCAUCGCGGUCGUGGCGCACGCCGGCGCGCUGGCGGGCCUCAUGUCGCACCUCGUGCUGCGCGGCGUGAACGGCGUGCAGGCGCACGCGGAGCACGCGGAGGACAUGACUGCGCCCUGGGCCAACUGCGAGAUGAGAACCAUUGUGCUGCCCCAGGUUGGCGGGCACGGGUCGGACAAGGACCGGUGGCACUACAGGCCGAAGGACUUGACGGGCCUGGGCUUCUGA